AUGUCUCCUCGGAAGCCACGAAUCUACGCGACUAGAGCUUGUACUAAUUGUCAAAAGAGACAUGAAAAAUGCUCUGGAGCCAUUACCUGUACAAAUUGCAUAAAACGCAAACUUUGUUGUGAAUUUAUUAAUUCAGGUAAAAAACGCGGUCCAAAGUCAAAGGAAAAUGUAGUCGAUACGAUUCAAGAACAAGCAUACGUUUCCGCUUCAUACGCAAAUUCUAUACAAGACAAUGCGAUGACUUAUAUGCCUGGAACCGAAUAUCUUGAAUUUAAUAAUUAUAUAGCUGAAUCAUCGUUAUCUACUGAAUCUUUAAUCUACUUUUACAUUAUGAUGCCAUCGCCUUAUUUUCUUUAUUGUCCUUGA